GUUCGCCAUGAUUGAAGUGGUGGCUAAACUACUCCGAGGCCCGGUCUUCCUGACGGGCGAAGAGCUGGAAUGUGUUAUAACUUUCACCAAUCCCGUCACGGCUCGCUCCACCUCGGCCAGCAGAGCUGGGAGCAGCCAAUACCUGCCAAAAGAACAUGGGCAGGCAUUCUGACCUCUGCAAGGGACUGGCAGCUGUUGGUGGACCUCGAAGGGCAGCUGAAGUUCCACAACCAUAUUGCAGCCACCACCCUGAGACCAGACGUUGUCCUAGUGUCUGAGUCUACUAAGCAAGUGGUGCUGCUGGAGCUGACAGUCCCAUGGGAAGACAGCUUGGAAGAGGCCUUUGAAAGAAAGCUCUCCAAGUACGCAGGACUGGUCAGCAACUGUCAGCAAGCUGGAUGGAGAGCGAGGUGUCUCCCAGUGGAGGGUGGUUGUAGGGGAUUCGCAGCCCGUUCCUUAGUUAGAGCCUUCAGCAUUUGGGCAUCGAGGGAGAGAGGAAGAGGAGAGCCAUCCGCAGUACCACUGAUGCGGCAGAGAGAGCCUCAGAUGGCUGUGGCUCAAAAGAGGGGAGCCAUGCAGUCAUAAGUAGCUAGCCAUCUGGACACAAGCUGGGGUCUGAUCAGCCCCGGCUGGGUCACCUGGAGGAGGUUGUAUGAUGUUGAAAGACCCGAAACACCCGAUGAUUCCAGGAACAUCACUGAAGAUGUGUCCAGAAGCAUCAAUAGAUGUAUGUACACAGCUGAAGUUCAGGAACUCAGCAUGAAGUUCUUGGCCCGAAAAGUCAACUCAUUUCCAUAGAUCCUGCUUGACCUGAGGAGUUCCUCCAGCAUUUUGUGUGUGCUGCUCUGGAAGCAGGGAGAGCAUUCUAACUGGCUGCACCACCAUCUGUGAGAUGUUGGCAUGGGCAAGUGCUCAAAUACAUUGCCAAUUUCAUACCAGUGAGAGUCGUGUUGCACUUCCUCCCUCUGAAGAAACAAAGUACGAUGUGCAGGCUGAAAAUGAAACUGUAUUUGUUCCAAACAGAGGUGAAAGAGGAAAAUGUAUUUUAGCCACUAAUCCCAAGAUACUGUUCUGUGACCUGUGCCUUGAUCCUGGUGAAUCAAAGUCAUAUUCCUACUGUGAAACUGUACCUCUUGAUGGUCCUCCAUCCUUCCGAGGCCAGUCGGUGAAAUAUGCUUAUAAAUUGACAGUUGGUUGCCAAAGAGUAAAUUCUCCAAUCAAACUUCUUCGGGUUCCUUUUCGGGUAUUUGUCGUUUAUGGAUUGGAAAAUUAUCAGUUUCCUCCAGAUGAGGCUAUGGCACCUACAAAUCCAUUUUUGGAUGAAGAUGAAAGUACUAAAAAAGACACUAGAUUAGUGGAUCUUGCAACUGAAAUGUUGAUGACCAGCACAUCUCGCCGUAGUCUUCAUUUGUAUAACAUUACUAAUGUCAGGGGGAAAGUUGGAAAAUUUUGCAUUUUCAAAACCAUCUAUAAAAUUGGAGAAGAUGUAUUGGGCACAUUUGAUUUCUCUGAAGGAAAUAUUCCAUGUUUACAGUUCUCAGUAUCUUUGCAGACUGAAGAGCAUGUACAAGAGGAUUAUCAAAGAAAACCAGGGCAACCUGUUUCACUGAGUACACAUGCUCGGCAUCAGGAAUCAUGUUUGCAUACUGCUAAAACUCAUUUCAGUUUACCAGUUCCACUUAGUGCUACACCCAGCUUUAUGACCACUGUAGUAUCCUUGAAGUGGCGUUUACACUUUGAGUUUGUCACUGCUUGUGAGCCAGUGGAACCACCUACUGUACUUGAGAACCAAUCGGAGAUAAUUACUUGGACUGGGGCAGGGAAAAUAGAUGUGGACACAUUCAGCUGGGACCUGCCCAUCAAAGUGCUUCCAACUAAUCCUGUACUCGCAUCAUAUGUUUCACAGUUGACAUCUUUUAACUCCAUUACUAUCUGAAAUCUUAAAUUUUUUAAGCUUGGGAAGUUUGACCAUUUGAAAUUUUGGAGAAGCAGUUGAAUAGCAACAACAAAUGAAAGAACAAGCAAUGAUAUUGCUUCAAGUAUUAUGUAGUUCUUCUAUUUCUUAAUCAAAAAUUACUGGAACAUGCUACAGAAUGCAAUUGCAAAUGACAGUAUUUCUUCCUGGAAGUGUGAGGAACAAGGUUAGCGAUGACUACAGUUUCUCCCAUCAUUGAACGGACUAAGAUGGAACACUACACCUUGCACAUUUUUUUUUCAUUUUAGACAUUCAAUUUCAAAAAUUCCUUACAUUGAUAAUGACGAGAAGAUUUUAUCUGGAGAACUGUUUUGUCUAGACUAUGUAUAGCUUUUGGAACUGGUAGAUCUGAAGUGCUUUUUAUUGUGGGUUUUGCUGUAGAUAGUCUAAAUUCUGUAUCCCACAAUUGAGAAGAAUUGCAACUUCACAUUGGUGCUCGUUGUAUUUGCAUUUAUUUAUCUUAAAAACGUGUUGCACAAUUACACAUAGUUUGUUGUUCUGGAACAUCUAUUAAACGUAGAUUUUACUCAUUGUGCUGUAAUACAAUAAUAAACCUUGUCAAUCACCAUUCAACAUCUUAACCUCAGGAGUGAAAAAUUAAUUAUAUUUUAGAAAAUCAGUUUUGUUUUUCUGUGUUCCUAUUGGUUAUUACAUUUUAUUUACUGCUUUGACUCUUGGCAUGUCAUAGAAGUUGCAUCUAUGGCUGUGUUUUGGUUAACUGGCAGCUAAAACCAUGUUCAACUUCAUUUUAGUCUUCCUCCUGUAUGUUUACUUCACAUUAAAGUUACUGGUUAUCACAAUUAAAUGGCAAUAAUUAUACAUGCAAGCAUCGCUCAUCUACAGAACAAAUAGUAUUUAAAUUAGUAUUCAUCUAGUUUUCCCCCUUUUUGUAUAUAUCCUGUGUACCUUUCUUAUUGGUAAUUUUGAGAAGAAAUAAACUUUAAAAUGUUACCCAGUUUUUUGCAAAAUAUAUUAAUGUCAUGUUUGUAGGAUAUAACAUUCACUCCGUUUGAAGUAUUUAUGUGAUGUUUUGUGCAAAGGUUUUGCAGCCUACAGGCUGACAGAAAUAUUCAUCUGCUGUGUGAAGAAUGUUGAAGGUUUUAUUUCACCAAGAAAACAUUUCUGUACUCAUUCAGUAUUUUUACAUUUAUUUAGCAAUUCAUCUGAACAAAAUGAACAUCUCAAAAAUCAUACCUACUCUAAAAAUGCUAGCAACUUCAUAUUUUGCACUGUGUCUAAACAGGUGCGAACAAACGUGGGAAGACUUGAAACAUUUGAUUUUGGACUAAGACUAGCAGUAAAUAUGGCAAAAUUAUUUGAGAAGAAAUGGGGAGGUUAUAACUGAUUUGGUGGUUAACAUAGAACAGUAUAGCACAGGAAUAAGCCCUUCAGCCCACAAUGUUUUGCCAAACCAACUAAAAAGUAAAUCAAAAAUCCUCAAAAACUAAUCCCUCCUAUCUACACAAUGUCCAUAUUCCUCCAUCUUCCUCAUAUUCAUGUGCCUGUCUAAACAUUUCAAAAGCCUCUAAUACACUUGCCUCAAUUACAUUACCAGGCAACACAUUCCAGGUUCACUGCUCUCUGAGUAACAAACUUAACCCUCACAUCCCCUUUGAACCUACCCUCUCUCACCAGCAAUGCAUACCCGUAGCAUUGCAAAGGACUUUGGUUUUGAAAGUACAGUAUUAUUAGUUCUCAUCCAAAAGUCUUGCAGAUUACAGCCACAUUCCAUACAAAAUGAGCAUAAUAAAUGAAGUUUUUACAGCAUACUUGCGAAUGCAGUCA